CCCAGCCGUAAUAAUUCAGAAAACUAAAACCUAGCAGUCAUUUUUCAGUGCACUAAAAACCUGCCUAACCCUGCAACCGAGGGAGAUAGCAGCCGUGCAACGCCAAUAACAUGAAUUCCGUCGAAGAAUCUGAUGUUGGUAUACUUUGCUAUAUCUCGCAGCUUCCUGGCUUCAGUGGAAUUCUCAAGCAAAGAUAUUCCGAUUUUAUUGUAAAUGAAGUGGGUUUGGAUGGAAAUGUUGUGCAUUUAACCUCAUUAGAGGUUCCACCUGAGAUCUCUGAGGAAAAGGAAGUAAAGACUACUGUUCAAUUAAAUCACAAUUAUGCCACCGAGAUGGAAUCUUUUCUGGCUCUUGCUGGUGAUUCUGAUGCAGAGAAGUUGAAAAGUUUUGUAAUUCAAAUUGCUUCUCAUGUAAAUGAUGAAGACAUGUCCAUUGUUCUUUCUCCGAGCUCUGAUAAAACCCAUAGAACGGCAAUUCAUAACUUUUUCAAGCAGAAAUUGAAUUUCCUUGUUACUGACACAGUAGAUGGACCAGAUAGUUCAUCAAAGUGCAUUCGGGUGAGGUUGAAUGCAGGGGGAAAUUGUGGCAAGGGGAGGAACACCAAGAAAAGGAAAAACCGAGUUGAUAAGGCCUAUGAUAGUAGAGGUUCAGAUAGUUGGCCAGAACAUCUUGGAAAAUUCCUUAGGAGUCAGCUUAUGAUAUUGUGGGUGUUUCAGAAGGUCAUUGUGUUGCACUUUGGGAUCUCGAGUCAUCAGAGAUUUGUGAAAGCUGCGGUCAGCAUGAUUCUAGAUCCAAGAGAAGGAGAAAAAGAUGCCACAAGGAAGAUGAGGGAAUAUUACAAGGAGAGUGGAGAUAUAGAGGGGACCCUAAGACAGUUAUCUCGACAUCUGGUUGCAGAACGUGCUAUUCUCCAGUGUCUAAAAAAGAAUCCUGGAAAUUACUUACAAGCUUUGAUGGGUAUUCCGAGGACGCUAAGAAUGAUGUACAUACACGGUUAUCAGAGCUACUUGUGGAACCAUGCCGCAAGCACGAGAGUACAAAAAUAUGGUUUUAACCAGGUUAUCUUGGGUGAUUUGGUAUACUGCAAAGAACAAGAUACUAAGAAUGAAACAGGAUCCUCUAAAUUGGAAUUUGAAGAUGGUGGUAGCGAUGAGGUUGACAUUAAUGGUCAUUUUGAUGAUAUAUCUGUAACUGAGCUUCCUGCAGAGCGAAAUAUGUCAGUGAAGGCAUUAAAUGAGGAUGAUUUAGUUGCUGGAAACUAUACAGUUGAUGAUAUUGUACUUCCUUUGCCCGGGUCAAGGGUUAUUUACCCACUGAAUGAUAUUGGGAAAGUUUAUUUGGACUUGGCAAAGAAGGAUGAUAUCAGCUUGACGGAGAGUGCUCACAAUACAAAGGAGUUCUCAAUAACCAAUAUGGCAGGAUCCUACAGGCGGUUAUUUCAAAAGCCUAAAGAUUUUGAAUGGGAAUUACUCAAAUAUACUGAUAGAGAUAUGCCAUUGGCAAAAACAGAUUGGGAAAUAAUUGCUAAUUCCAGGUCCGCAACUCUAGGCUGCAAUAAAAAGUUGGCUGGAAUGAUUCAAUUUGAUUCGUUGCCCAAAUUGGAUAAAUAUGAAGAUGCUACUGAGGCUUCAAUAGAAAAAGAGGGUACAGAAAAUGAGACAGGAGGGCUGAAACUGGAGGAAACUAUAAAUGGCCCCUCAUCACUGGAAAACCAAACGGCUCUCAAGUUGAGCUUUACCCUGCCAGCUUCUAGCUAUGCAACUAUGGCCAUAAGGGAGCUGCUAAAAACAUCAACCUCUGUUGCAUUUCACAAGGCAUUAAACCUGUGAGCAUGUUUUCAGACAUUAAAAUAAUUCGAGGCUUUUCUGGGAGGAAGUUUUACACAAGAAUGAUGUUAUUCACUAGAUUCAAUGAUCAACUCCAGGCUUAGGAUUAAUGUUGGAAAGGAAUAGAGCUCAAAGGUAAGUAGUUCGGAUAUAAUUUUGUAGUAUGGAAACCAUGUGCGGCUAUGGAUGGCAAAUGGGAUCCCCUUUCCUCUGCCCCAUGUCCCCCUUUUAAUUA